UAUAAUGCUGUUUAUAACGUGGCUUCUCUUGUAUAAUGCUGUUUAUAAUGUGGCUUCUCUUUUAUAAUGCUGUUUAUAAUGUGGCUUCUCUUUUAUAAUGCUGUUUAUAACGUGGCUUCUCUUUGGUUACACCUGGAAACACUGUUCAGAUUCACCUCCCUGUUUGUUUCUGAUUGGUUGCUGUCAGUAACUUGACAUACAGUGUGAGACUGGCAAGUAGCUUCUCAAGCCAGAUCAGGAAGGAAGGCAGCAGAAUAUUCCUGAAUGGCUCACGUUUCCUGCACAUCUGUCAUCUAUUAAAGAUUAUUCAGCUUCGACAUGUGAUUGUUUCUUUUCAUUCAUUUAGUUGUGCCAUCGAGAUCAUUCAGGUGUCAGAACUGACCCAAGAGAUGCUGGAUGAACAAUGCACGAUGACACGCAACAAGAGUGCCUUAUCCAGGAUCUGGGAUUUCUGCAGCAUUGGUAAAGAUUCACCCAACUACCUUGACCAUGUAUCGGAACAAGUGGACAAAUACAGGGGGCAGACUGUGCCUCUGGAGAAGCCAGCAGGGUAUCCAAUGAGAAUUGGGGGGCUAGAUGACACAAUCUAUGCAGAAAUGGAGGAUGAGCUUGAAGCAUGGGAAGAUGUCUACCUUCCUGAAAGAGUAGAGAUGAGAGUUAUCGGUGACAUUGAUAUGUUCCCGAGUCUGGCAGUGGGUCUGCAGCUGAUCAUUCUGGCAGGCAAAGAUGGCAACAUCUAUGCUUAUGAAAAUGAGGUGUUGCACCAAGUGGCCGACAGCUUGCAGGACCUCUUCCAAAAGGGAAUUGAGUUUCCUGGAACCAGAGUCUACAACUAUGGGGAAUGUUUUGCUCCUAUGACGGAAGAAGAAUACGAUGAAUUAAUGCAGGAUGAAGAAGUAAAGAAAAUGAAAGAGGAGACCAGGGAAUUCAUCAAAAGCAACAAAGCCGAAUUUCUGAGCAUACUGGCCCGCAUUGAAGAAAAAGAGAAUGCAGAAAAGGUUGCGUCCAAUGCAGUUGUGCCUUCUGACCACCACCACCCCAAGAAUGUUGUAGUUCAGUUGUGGAAGCAUGCAGAUGAAUCGUUCAUAUUUCAUUUAAAUGAUGCCUAUUAUGAGAUGUGGUGCAAGAUCUUCCAGCUGCUAGGGCUGACAUGUGAAGAGCUGAAAAGUAAUGGGACUUGUAGAAAGUUGAGGCGCCGUUUCAGAGCUCUUCCAUGUGCCGCAUAAACUCUCCUCUUUACAUCCUGAUUUUUAAAGUCUGUGUCUUUGGUCCUGAAAAGAGAAUUGUCCCACAACUGCAAUGGCACCCAAACAGUUACAUGUUAACUGCCAAUGCAGGAUGAGUAUUUUGAAGAGUACUCAAUAAAUUAUCAAAGGGUUUGCUCAACUCCAAAGAAAACUUGAAUCUUAAUUCACAACAUUCACUUUGGGUGCUUUGGUCAAAGAGAAAUAUUACAUUUUACCGUAAGACCAGCACUCACUUCAAAUUUACAAAAAGAUUAUUUAUUUAAGACAUUUUUUUCUUUUUUUAAAUGGCAGCUACGCAAGCACAGACAGACAUGUUGUGGCUAGAUGCCUUCCUCAGAGUGCAUUCAAACAAACUUAAUUACAUUUUUAUACAAUUGAUUGGUGAUUAUUAUAAUUUGUUAAUUAAUUUGCUCUUAAAGGGAAAGUCAACAUUACAAUAAAACAAUACACAAAAGAAAAACAAGCUAUUUUUAUUUCUGUAGUUUUAUUGUAGUGUUGGCUUUCCUUUUUUAAGAGCAAAUUAAUUAAUUAUAAUAAUCACCAAUCAAUUACUGUGAAGCCAUAAAUAUUUGCGAGCCUUUUAUGGUGCAUUUUUCACGUAUGAAAAAAAACCUGCAAACAUUGUUGGCACUAAUAUCAAACUCCACUAACAAUACAUACUUCAUAUGUUGCAACAGGUAGCCAACAUUUCUGGAGCAAAAUAGGUUUUAUGGGUGUGAUCUGCCAAAUAUUUUGGUUGCAGAUAUUUAUGGCUUUACAGUAUAUAAAAAAAUAAUUCAUUUAGCUUGACACACCGAGGAAGGCAUCUAGCUGCAACGCAUCUGUGCUUGCUUGUCUCCCGUUUUUUAAAGAGUCUAAAAUGAAUAAAUAAAUAAUUUCAUGUAUUAUUGAAGAGAGGACAGUAAUCUAUUCAGCAAACCAAGAUAUAGCAUCAUCCGUACCUUGGAAACAAUAAUCAGGAUUCUGAAGUAAAACUUAAAAGAAACUAAGUCAGGUGAACAGUUGUUUGGCUUAAGCCGAACGUUUAUUAACUUUGUUUCUUGUGUAAGUUUUACCCAAGGUGUUAAACAGAGAUAUGAGUGAGAUUGUCUGCAGUUCCGUGCUGCUAUUGUUCUAAAGACAUAUGAAGGCAAAGUUGACAUGCCACCUAAAGCAGUGAGAGGGAAGGGUGUGCAAGACUGCAAUUCAGAAAUGGGCAGAGCCAAAAGUGGGCUGGGCCAGUCCCAAAAGCUGGAAUUUUAUAUUGGGUUUUGUCACUCAUUUCCGAAUCCGAGUCCUGCACUACCCCAUUCAAAACCAAGGCAUUCAAAUCAAUACAUACAUUAAGCACUGGUCCCCUUGUUGAAGGGAUUAAGAACGUUUUAUUCUUUGCUUACUUUUUUUUUCUUUAAUUUGAAGACACCCAGAGUUUUUCAAGAACAAAAAGAUAUGAAUCGAUUAGGGGACCAGUGAUAUUGUUGGCAAUGCUAGAAGCUUAGAUAUAUUUAAAAGCCAAGGUUAGCACUCUGAAAUAUACAGUUGUGUUCAAAAGUUUGGAAACAGCAAGAUUAGGGCUGGGGAUUGUAUUGAAGGUUUUCCUCACUCAGUUCCCUUUCUUAAUAUCUUGGUAGCCCUGAGUGGAUGAUCCUCAUUUGCUGUUUCCAAACUUUUGAACACUCCAGUUUAUAGUCAUGCACUGACACUCAUCAUGGGAUAUUGAAUUCAUCUAUUAGGCAACUUCUUGUUGACCUGCUGCUAAAUGUUUAACUGUCAGUGUUAUUUGGUAAAAUAAUUAAUUGAUUUAAUAUAAAAAUGUACACAUUUUAUUCCCAUUUAUUUGAAUAUACUUGUGGUAUCAACAGAAUACUGAAUGAUCGGUGGUGGUAUCAGAAAGCUGGCGUGUCAGCAUCGCAGGUGCCUUGCCUUGUGAUGUGAUUUUAUUAUUUUUCAUUUAAUGUAGAAAUAAAAAAAAUGAUUCAUUUUGUUUAGAAAUAAAAAAAAAUGACUCGUAUUUUAAGUGAUGUAUUUAACAUGUAUUCAUAAUGUGAUGUGAUUUCAUUCUCUUUUUUUCAUUUAGAAACAAAAAAGUGUGACUAAGGUCGUCUCAAAUGCCUCUCGUUUAAUUGGGACAGCCACUUACUCAGGAUAUUUUAAGCAUCCCGAUAAACAGGGCAGACUGUACAGUGCUUAAAGGGAUGCAAUCAUGUAUAUCUACCUUGUAAAGAAGCUCAAAAGGCGAAACUCUCUUAUACUGUGGUGUUUGGUGAGCCAAAUAAGAGUAUACAUUUGUAUAGUGCUUAAAGGGAUACAUACAGCUGUGUCAUGUGUAUCUACGUUGUGUAUACAGCCAUAUUUUCUGAUUAUCCCUGUGUUUUCAAUUUUAAGAAUAUAGAUUUUUCACUGUAAAUCUAAAAAUACAAAUUUGAAAAGUGCUGCACUGACAUUACUGAUUAUUUCUG